AUGGAGCGGCCAGGUCGGCGGGCUAAGGCCGGCUCGCUGAGCGGGCUGUCGGGCGGGCUGCCCAGUGCGCCGAGUGGGCCUGGCGGCGUGCGGCGCCAGCGCUCCCUGGAGUGGGGCGGCGACAGGUACAGCAGCAGCGACGACGACCGCCCCCCGCAGCCCCCACCCCUCGCCGACAGAGUAUUCGCCUCACUCCUCGCACAAGCUACGCAACAGUUCGACAAUGAACAGCGUCGAAUCUAUGGUUCAGAAGGAGGUGAGGAACUACCUCGGUAUGCCAGCAGUCCACAACGGCAGUCUUCUCCAUUCCCUCAUGAGAGCACCAACAGGCGGUUCUAUAGAAGAAACAGAAACUCUAAAGGUGAGGAGAUAUUCACUGCUGAGCCUAGUGGUACUCUGCAGCGUCGACGACGUGCUGACGACUUUCCUCAUGAAAACAACGCGCGCAAUGCACGCCUUUGCCUGAACAAUGCGUCGUCAGGCAAUGGAGGUCAAACAAGUGAAAGGGAGUGCGAAUCUCCUCCAGAGCCGGCCCCUCCCGAAGUACCUCCUAGAGGUCCAAGCCUGCAUGUCACCUUGCGCCAUCGUCCUUGCGAGCAACCAGCGGAGCCUGAUCGACUGUACCUGUCUGAAGGUGACGAUCACAACACAUGUCGCAACUGA